UCAAGAUGACGGCGCCCAGUCAGCAAUUCGGCGAUAUGGAAAAUUAAUCUGUAAACUUUAAAAUAGCCCACUAAAAUGUUCCAAACUUUGAAAAUACAACGCACUGUAAGAUGGUUAAAGAUAGUUCUUCACCGGGAAAUCCGGUGCAUCCUGAGAAACUACAGCAACACACUAACAGCGAACACAAUUUAUUCCCCGGCGUUGAGGCAGACCGGCUUGAAACGCGUGUGCAGUGUCGGCCUGCUUCUCAGGUGUAUGUCAUCAAAAGAAGCAGAUCGGAACGUGACAAGAUCGACGUUGAUCAUGCAAGACGGAAUAAGUAUAGAAGAAUUACCUGUCCUUAUCAAGAGAACAUCAGCUGAAGCACUGCUUUCAGACGGGGUGCCGGCACAAGCUGAAACGGAACCUUCCUCCGCAAGUUCGCCGUCCGAUAACUCAAACAGUGUCACCACCGUCUUCGAUGACUGCAGCACUGUUAAGGACGUGUACACCGUCCUGCAACAUAUCGACCCGAAGCUACUUACUCCUGCAGUUGGUGUGAAAGCGCUGGACAAGUUACUAGCGAUGAAGUGUCACCCAAGCGGAGAUACUCGAUCCAAACGAUCUCAGGGUGAGAACCACGCGUCGAUGGUCAUCACGGAACUCUGCAACCUCAUAACAACAUCUCGCAGCUCCGAAGUUAUCAUUGACGGACUUCGUGCGCUCGUAAAGCACAGCCAGAACCCGGCAGAGAAGGCAAGUUGCGUAGACACAUUCGUGCAAGUCAUCUUGAACAGAAUCUGCGAUGCCAGAAUCACGCUACCGGAAAUAUUAGAAGCCACCGCGCUCCUUACUAGCUGCGGAAGCCAGUACAUGGGCACCGUCGAUCAUUUUUGGCAAGGUAUCACGGCGCAGUCCGCGGACAUGGAAAAGAAACACAUUCUAAAGCUCUACAGCUUGCUUCCGUACUUCAAGAGCUCACAGAAGGUCGUCCUGCGAGCGGCUGCGCAGCACACCAGUAGGCAACUUAUCGACAUGAAGUCCGAAGACGUCACUUACAUACUCGGCGUACUGACGAGGCUAUCGGGAGUUCCGCAGAGCUUGCUUCAAAAUUUGACCAAGUGGAUCAGUCUCAAUCUCCAUGUCGUUCCCGACAAAGAUUUUGGGUUUUUGAUCAAAUGCCUGAGACUUUUAAGGUAUUACGAUCCAGUCGCUGAGAGGGUACUCGAGAGGUACAUCCGCGUUCGUGGAGCCGGCAUGGACCAAGACAUAGUCCAUGCGCUGUGCGAUUACUGCACUACCUUCCGGUGGAGAAACGAGACGCUCCUCAAUGCCGUGUCAGACUUUUUUGUCAGGAACCACAAGGACAUGGCGCUCCUGAACGUACGCGUGGUUGUGAAUGCUUUCGGGUUCCUCAACCUGGUCCCGAAGAACCCGAUGGACUUUUUCGGAUCCUUGGAGUGGGUGCUCAGAGAGAGGUUUAACCAGUUUCGGCCCGACCAUGUAGUAGACAUUCUUGUGUCCUGUCUCUACCUGCAGAGGUACCCUCUGAACUUUGUCAAGAGGGUGUUCAGUCCAUUCUUUUUGGAUAAAAUGAAUGAAACGCUUCAAGAACACGAGUUACAGAAGUGCAGCCGAAGACUCAAAUUUUUGGAUUCUGCUUUAGCCCUCGAGUGCAAGCAAUACUAUGGACCCUACCUUCCGAGGGACCACAGCGCAAAAAGCUUGAGGAAAGAUGGACGAAUAUCACGAUUGCGUCACACGCUACACGACGACCUGAGCAGGGUUCUUGGCGGCGACAAGAAUUUUCGUUUCUCCGUUGUGCAGCCUCAGUUGCCCCUCUUAGAGAUAUACAUCAUUGAUUAUUUAAUCCAGCUCAACAAGCAAGGCAAGCCAAUCCCGGCUGAUGCAACGUCGGGUAUUGACAGAGUGCUGGCAGUGGUCAUCAGCUUGGCCGAACAUUACUGCAACGACGGAAGUCACAUGACGGGCCAGCACGCAACCAGACUCCGUCUGCUUCGCCUCUUGGGCUACGAGGUGGUCGAGCUCAAUUACGACACUCUGCAGAAACUGCGACCAGCUUCAAAGGAGAGGUUGAAUUAUUUAAAUGAACAGAUUUUUAAUAGGCAAAGCUAGGGCAAA